UCCUCCUAAAGUGUCCAUCUCAUCUAUUAGAUGGGAAAUAGAUGAGGCCAUUAUGAAGGCAUUGACCAACAUUAGCGUGCCAAGCCAAUGCCCCUCAGAAAAGAUAUAUGUCCCCAUUUCACACAUGACUAAUUACAUGGGCCCAUUCCUCCCUCACAUCUGGUCAUCCUGGAGAAACUCGAACACAUCAGCUCCUGUCGCACCGAUAUUGGUGGGAAACAAUGCACAAAGAUAUCCAUGCCAUUGUAGUAUCCUGUUCGACAUGUUCACUGUGUAAAACACCCAAAACCUUGCCCGCUGGUAAGCUAGUGCCUUUACCAGUGCCUAAUAGACCUUGGUCACAUCUUGCUGUAGAUUUUGUAAUAGACCUGCCUGAGUCACAAGGCUACACCACUAUUUUGACCAUUAUUGACCGUUUUUCCAGGGGGGGUAAGAUUUAUCCCCUUUUCGUCUAUCCCUAGCACAUUUCAGACAGCGGAAGCUUUAUUCAAUCAGGUUUUUUGCUUAUUUGGUAUACCUGAGGACAUUGUGUCAGACCGGGGACCCCAGUUUACAUCACAAGUUUGAGCGGCAUUCUUUGAGAACAUCGGGGUGUCCAUUAGUCUUACUUCCGGGUAUCACCCUCAAUCAAACGGACAAUGUGAGAGAAUGAAUCAAGAAUUAGGUACAUUUUUGAGAAUUUUCUGUUAUGAGAAUCCCACAGACUGGUCUCGUUUUUUGGCAUGGGCUGAAAUAGCACAAAACUCUCUCACGAGUUCUGCGACUGCCAUGACUCCUUUUCAGUGCUAUCUAGGAUGUCAACCUCCUUUAGCCCCUUGGACUGGUUCACACUCUGAUGUUCCCACGGUAGACUCAUGGAUGCAAAGGAGUGAACAGGUUUGGGAACAAACGCAUCAACGUAUUGAGAACGUGUUGCAAAGGAACAAGGAACAGGCGGAUCGACACAGGAGUGAAACACCAGUGUAUCAGCCAGGAGAUCGAGUGUGGUUGGCCACCAGAGACUUCAGAAACAUUUAUUAUUCUUUAUUCAUAUUGCUUUUGUUGCUUUACUGUUUUGCUAUCCAGUGUCGACCAGAGAAGGAUAGGUUCCCCUUUUGAGUUGUGGUUUCUCUCAAGCUUUCGUCCUCUUGUAGGUAGUUUUUCCUUGCCACUUCUGCCCUUAUCUUGCUUGCUUGAGGCAUGAAGCCAGAUUUUCUGUAGAGCAGCUUUGUGACAACACCUGUUGCAAAAAUUGCUUUAUAAAUAAAUCUUAAGUAGAACAGUGUGAGGAAGGUAUAAACUUCUUCAUUGUUCGUAAUCUCAGUAGGCUACUUUGCUGGUAUGUGCUUAAAGUAUAAGCAUUGACUUAUAUCAGAACUCAUUUAUUUUUGUUUUGUAUAAGAAUCCGUUAGCCGAUCUGACAAGCAAAUCCAUCAUCCAAAUAUCCGAAACAAAUUAGAAACCAAUGAACAUUAACAAACACCUAAUUCUACCCACAAACAGAUUUAUUUUAAACAUGUAGAGACACUGUUUUAUUCUGUUUAAAGGUUCUGAUGACAUUCAAUUAUGAUAGAAAAGUUCUGUUUCCAGUUGCCUCAGAUGGAGACGUUGUACUCUGCUGACACUUGGAGUCCAUCUCCAGCCUGAGACUGAAACAAGACCGAGACCAAAAGAUGCUCUUUCUCAAAAGCAACAGUAAAUGAUGAAACACUUGUGGAACACUGAAUAAAAUGGCAUGGUGGCUGCAGAGUGACGCAUCUCACUUCCCCCUUCCUAACUGUGCUAUCUCAGCUGCAUUGCUGAUUGUUACGUGUUUCGUGAUCACGCCACAUAUACGUCACACACAGGAAGUGUUGAUCAUUGCCUCCACGAUACAAUGGCGAGCACAAGAUACAAACAGGCUAGGCACAUCUCUUCCCCAUCAAUGCAGCAGGGUCAAUGUAGGCCAUGCCUCAACAGUGAAGAAAACCCAGCAAGUGUUCGUUUAGAUUCAGGACUGCCAGCGCUGCUGAUUCUGAUAAUUCGAGGUGUCUACAUAAGAGCGGGUGGACGUUUUGGCUCAUACCAGUUUACCAACACAUUUGUCCUGGACUCAAUACUGACUGCUUUUCAUUUUUCUUUUAUCAAAUACCCAAAUGUGAAGUCACUCCUAGAAUCAAACAUAUCACUCAGAGUAAUCAUGGCUUAUUUAAACACGGAAAAGUUUGAUGAUGCAAAAGCUCUCUGGAUGAGACUGCUGAAGCAUUUUCCUGAAAAACUAAUACUUGAUUGCAAAAGUCGUGUGAAAGACCAUCUGCUAAUGUUUGCUAAACUGGUAUGUGCUCAAGUUGAUUAUCACCAAGAAACCCCUGAUGACAGUACAAUAUACGAAACAACACUGAGCAAAUUUCGGGCAUUUGGGGAUGUGAAGGCUUUGGGCCUUGCAGAUGAUCCUGCUCUUAUUCUGGUGAACCGAGAUGUUCGAAUAAAUCUUCCAAAACCACCCCUGUCUGUUGAAGAUGACAACCAAAGGAUCUUUGAGCUUCAGUUUCUGCUGCUGUGUGAUGGAACUCACACAGUUGUGUGUUUCAACCUCUCAAAGAACGUAUGGAUUCUCUACGAUGAUGACCCGGCUUUUGCGUCAACAUCUUUUCGGCUUUUCAAGUUUGAGCAGGAACUUGACAGUUAUGUGAUCUGCCUAGCAGGUUAUGUCAACAUAACACAAGCUGAAGAACACAAGCAUGGCAUUCCUGAGACUGGGACAGGAGCACAGCCUUUCAGCUCAGGUUAAUGAAGACAGCAAAAUAUUCCUUAAGAGCCCAUGGAUGAUGUACUGAAGCUGGGAGAUCUAUCAUAUGGCACCUCAAACUCUAAAUAACUGCAUUACUUGCACUAAGCUCUGAGCUCAAAAUAAGCUUUAAAUGCCAUAUGAUCAAAUCAAAUGC